AAGCCCCAAAAAAGCAUUCAUCUUUUGCACUUGAACAAACUUUUGUGGGAGAGCGUGUGUCGUCUCUCUUCCCUCUCAGCAGAUCACUCCGUUGACUCUGUACCAGCCGGAAAAGAUCGAAACAUUCGGAGCUAACUCGGCAGCCAUGAGCUCGGUUUUGCAGGGAUUUACGAAGUCACUCGCCAUGACUUUCUUGUCGGAGAUUGGCGACAAGACGUUUUUCGCUGCAGCUAUUCUAGCGAUGCGUUAUCCAAGGAGACUUGUGUUGGCUGGUUGUGUAUCGGCUCUAAUUGUCAUGACUAUCCUCUCUGCUACUGUUGGAUGGGCUGCUCCUAAUCUGAUCCCUCGCAAAUGGACGCAUCACAUAACAACAUUGUUGUUUUUUGGUUUUGGGCUGUGGUCUUUAUGGGACGGUUUUAAACAAGGAGGAGGAGGGGGCUCAGAAGAAUUAGCUGAAGUUGAAGCAGAACUGGAUUCUGAUUUGAAGACUAAUGGUAAAGCUACAAAAGACAAGGUUGAAGAUGAAAACAAAAAGCAGAAAAGGCCGUUCCUCACACAGUUCUUCUCUCCAAUUUUUCUCAAGGCAUUUUCAAUUAAUUUCUUUGGUGAAUUUGGUGACAAGAGUCAGCUUGCUACAAUUGGUUUAGCUGCAGAUGAAAAUCCGUUUGGGGUGGUCCUUGGUGGAAUUGUCGCACAGCUAUUGUGCACCACUGCUGCUGUGAUUGGAGGAAAGAGCUUAGCGUCUCAGAUAUCCGAACGAAUAGUUGCUCUUUCUGGUGGAAUGCUUUUCAUUAUCUUUGGCAUCCAAUCGUUUCUUACUUCUGUUGAGACCUAGUGCUUCCAACCCCCCCCCCCCCCCCCCCAACAUUUAUUUCUGGGAGAGCUGAAGAUAAUGAUGAAGAACGUUACUAUCCAUAGUUUCUUAGAUACUUAAUCAUGAUACGAGAUGUUUACAAAAGUUAUUACAAAUCUAAUCUGAACUACUUUCUCCCGUGAAAAAAAUAUUAAACUUGGCUGAAGCAGCCCCAUCAAAGUAUCUAACAACAGUAAAGUUUUAGUUAAUCUGUGUUUUUUUGUUA